AUGCUUCUCGUGCUCUCCGGUCUGCACCUAGCGGCAGUGCUGCUGCGGCAGGUGGUGCAGAGGCACUGGCAGGCGGGCGACGAGGAAGAGGAGGAGGGAGAAGGGGGAGGAAAGAAAUUCACUGUGUCGCCAGAGGACAAGGCAGCUGUGCGGGCUCUCCUCCUCCAGGGGCUGGUGGACGAGGAGCCCAAGGUCCAGUCAGCCGUGGGCCUCGCGAUUGCACACGUGGCAUCCUGUGAUUGGCCGGAGGUGUGGCCGGACCUGAUGGAUCAUCUCAUGGCCGCCCUGGCCGACACUGCUCACCCCAACAGAGUGGCAGCGGCAGUUGAGUGUCUGUCGCUAUUCGCAGAGGAGAUUGACGACUCACAGCUGCCUGCUCUUGUUCCCAAGCUCUUCCCACCCAUCUUCGCCAUCGUUUCCAACCCCAACCAG